GAAAGCAGACACGCACCAGGCGCGCCGCUUUCGUCGCGCCCACGGAAGCCCACUCGCAACGGGUUCGUAGCCGCCAAGUUUCCCCGACCCCUGCACCGCAUCGGUCUCUGAGCCCCCGCCCCGAUCGACUCCUACACGUACACGUACAGGCGCCGCUCCAUAUAAACGCCGGCCCGCGCGCUGCUCCCUCCCACCCAUCGAGAAGCCAUCGAAACCGAUCGCUUUCCCCGCCCAUCGUACGUAAUCUGUCGAGUCGAGCUCCCGAGUCCAGCGCGCAAGAUGAAGUUCGUGGCGGCGUACCUGCUGGCGUGCCUGGGCGCCGACGCCGAGGAGGGGGCGCCGAGGCCGGGCAAGGGCGACGUGCGCCGCAUCCUGGACUCCGUCGGCGCGGAGGUGGAGGAGGGCAGGCUGGACCUGCUGUUCGCGCAGCUCGAGGGCAAGGACGUCGCCGAGCUGCUCGCCGCUGGCAGGGAGAUGCUCGCCUACGCGCCCUGCGGCUCCGGCGCGGCUGCCGUCGCCGUUCCUGCCGCCGCCUGUGCCGCUGAUGCUACGGAGGCCAAGGAGGAGAAGAAGGAGGAGGAGAAGGUGGAGUCCGAGGAGGAGGAUGACGCGAUGUUCAGUCUCUUCGACUGAGCUGCGUGUGUCGAUCUGUGCGGCCUGCAGUUGCCAAUGUCCUGUUCUUUUUUUUUUCCAGAUCCCUUUACCCAGAGUCUAUAUUAAAGGUCAAAUUAGAGAUGUGCGAUACUCGGGAAUUGAAUCCCUGUGGGCUAGGCUACAUCCUUAUGCCUUGUCGCCAAUGUCCCUAGUUCUUACUAGUUACUAUGGCCUGAGUUUGUUCUUUGUUAGUAGUAGCUUGUAAAAUUGGAGAUCAGACAUUGUUUUAAUUUGCUAGACUUGUAGUCGACUUGUUAUACGCAUGCAUGAUUCAGUUGUCUUCUAGUCGGGUUUCGAGUAAUAUCUGUUAAUUAAUGUUAGUGAUGCUAUGCAUGGUACAAUAUAU